AUGACUGCCUCUACCGCCAACCGCGAGCCUCUUGUCCAUCGCGUCGGCAACCUGGGCGCCGCCUCCUCAGCAACGCAGAACUUGAAUGCGCAUGCUCCUCACAACCACCGAUUAAAGCACAGUCAUGCGACCGCUCACGUUCCCAAUCGUGCAGCACACUACGACACCUCCCUCUCGAUCCCAGUCCGCAAAUACCUCCAGACGUACGGUCUGACUCCUCCUCGUGCCGAGAGUUAUGAGGUGCAAAAGAUGAGAUGUCUGGCUCAGCUGGCUUUGAAGACUACCCCCAUUGAAAAGUUCUUGUACUUGAGCACGUUAAGAUACAAUAAUGUCCACCUGUUCUACAGAUUGUUGACAGAUCACUUCACGGAGCUGACUCCGUUGGUCUACACCCCGACCGUGGGCGAAGCAUGCCAAAGAUGGUCGGAGAUCUACCAACAGCCCGAAGGCAUGUACUUGAGUUUCGACGACCGUGGUCAUCUCUCCAGCAUCAUCCAGAACUGGCCCCAACCCAAUGUGGAGAUCACAGUGGUGACAGACGGCUCCCGCAUCCUGGGCUUGGGAGACCUCGGCGUAGGUGGCAUGGGUAUUCCAAUCGGCAAGCUUGCUCUGUACACGGGCUGUGCUGGCAUUCGCCCGGAGGUCACCCUCCCCCUGACCGUCGACUUGGGUACGAGCAACAAGGAACUCCGGGAAGACCCUCUUUAUAUGGGUAGUCGCCGGGACAAGGUGACGCCAGAGGAGGAGAAGGAGUUCCUCGAUGAGCUCAUGGCGGCAUUGAAGGAGCGGUGGCCGGACAUUGUCAUCCAGUUUGAGGAUUGGAAGAAUCCCUUUCCCUCUCUUGAACGAUAUCGUCAAGACUACGCCAUGUUCAACGACGAUAUCCAAGGCACCGGAGCCGUCAUCAUGGGAGGCGUUAUUGGUGCCGUCAAACAGUCCGGGGUGGCUCCUAAGGACCAUCGUGCCGUCUUCCUGGGCUCAGGGUCCGCUGGUGUGGGCGUGGCCAAACAAAUCGUGGAGUAUUUCAUGCACGAAGGCCUAACGGAAGAAGAGGCGAAAUCGUGCUUCUGGCUCGUGGACAGCAAAGGACUUGUCACUCAAGACCGAGGUGACAAGCUUGCCGACCACAAAAUCUACUUCUCACGUACCGACAACAAUGGACAGCAAUUCAAGACUCUGGAUGAGGUUAUUGAAUAUGUCAAGCCCACCAUCCUCAUGGGUUUGAGCACCAUCGGAGGAGCUUUCACCCCUGAAAUCCUGCAGAAGAUGGGCAAAUGGAACAAUAGACCCAUCAUUUUCCCGCUUUCCAACCCGUCCUCCAAGUCUGAAUGCACCUUUGAGGACGCAAUCACUCACACUGAUGGACGGGCUCUGUUUGCAUCGGGAUCACCAUUCCAACCCGUCCCCUAUAAAGGGAAGAUCUACCACCCUGGCCAAGGGAACAACAUGUACGUCUUCCCGGGUAUUGGACUGGGCACGAUUCUUUCCAAGGCAGUCCAAGUGACUCCCAACAUGGUCUACGCCUCAGGGGAAGCCCUGCCGACCAUGAUUACAGAGGAAGAGAAGGAGCUCGCUCUUCUGUAUCCAUCAAUUACCCGCAUCCGAGAUGUGAGCGCCCGCGUGGCGUUGUAUGUCAUCCGCGCCGCUCAGAGAGAUAAUGUCGACAGAAUUCACCAUCUCCGAGAGAUGAGUGAUGAGGCUCUGGAAGAGUGGAUUAAGGGGAAAAUGUACGACCCUCACCAAGAGACCGUGGAGCUUGAGAAUGAAGUACGAGAGCUUGUCAACGACUUGACCACCUCGGCGAGGUUGUGA